AUAAGCGCGAUGUUUUCCAUUUACGGUAUAAAGUGUUUCAAUUUUUCGAGUCGUACAUAAGCGGUAUAUAUACGGUUUAAGAAACCCCCCCCAAGACGCUAAGGUAGUAUUAUGCCUAACCUAAGGCAACCUCUUAACGCCUUCAGGACCCCACCGAAUACAGUGCAUUAGGCAGCUCUAGCUUUGCCUUACCUUAAAAACCUUAUGCAUUGCAGCUCAACGCCCCACUUUCGUUCCUUUCGUUCCUGCAGCAGCUGAAAGUCAUAGGGCUGUUAGUGACUUUACGACUACCCGCACGUUACCACCCAUUGCCAGUCAAUGCCGCGAUACAUACCUCAGAAUCUUGCAACAAGCGUUAUUAAAUUAUAUAAGAGCCUCUCUCCCGUAACCAAUUCAAUGAUUCUUCUUGCACACUACGCACUCAAACAAAAUCGUCUAAAUAUCAUCUCCAAAACAACCCGCCGCAGACACUCGUUGGCAACCGUUGCCCAAGAUGCCUUCUCUCGGUGACAACCCUAUCGAACUCAUUCUCAAUACGGCACUAUAUCUUGACGAUGAAAGCCUAUCGUCUCUCUCUCAGACCUGCCACGAACUCCACAACACGCUCACAAACACUCUCUAUGCCCGGCACGAUGAGAACCCUGCUCUCUUGACUUCUGUUUUCCAUUCGGGAAAUACCGGCGCCGUGGGACAUUUACUCACAGCUGGUGCAAAUCCUAACCUUGUCAUGAUGUCAAAUCGAAGUCAACCCCCCAUGCACUUAUUCAGUCUUUCUUCAAAUCUGGCUAAUGGCGGAUAUUCGCAUCAUGACCAACAGGAUAACCUAGUACUGCAUGAAGAACCCGUUGUUCCUAGUGCCAGAUUCUACUGGAGCCUUGUUCACGCCGCUGCAAGCAUGGGUAGAAACGACAUGAUCGAGCUACUGCUUAAACAUGGAGCAGAGAUAGACGCCCUCUCCUACGGAUAUUGCAAAUGCGCCAUCCCAACCGGACAACAACAAUUUCCCACCGGAACCAACGACGCCUGGCCUCUUUGGACGCCUCUUCACACCGCAAUCUGCCAUGGACACGAAUCCACAGCAAGACUUUUACUGUCUCGAGGAGCCUCGAUCAACGUCUCUCCAAAGCUUCUCAACGAUGGCCGUAGCUACGUCACUGCUCUCCAUACCGCUUGCCAGUUGGAAGACGCUUCCAUAGCCCGAUUCCUAAUAAGCCAAGGUCAUCAGACAGACCUCGACGUCCAAGACCAUUGGGAUUAUACACCUAUGACUUACGCAUACUACGCCAACCGCUGGGACACUAUCGAGCUCCUAGUAAAUGCCGGAGCUUCGAUAAACGUUCCUCUAGGAUAUACCAGCCUCAUCCAACACGCCUGCAAUUCCUGCCGGUUUUACGAGGCUCUUCGAUUCACCAACUUGGGCAUGGGCACAGACUUGGCAAAAUCUUUCCCAGAAGAUCAAAACGACGCCGAUGCUGUUUCAGCUAUGCUCUUCGCAUGUUGCGAGAGGAUGCCUGUCAAAGGGGAGCUUUUCAAGAGGGAGGAGUUCCAGGAGCAAUUCAGGAUCCACAUCAUCGGAGCACUUAUCAAAGCAGGUGCUGAUUUAGAAAUCCGAGGCCGAAUCAUGCCCGCCACCGCUGAUGAACGACACCACGUCGGAACCCCUCUCAUAGCUGCGUGCAAGCGAAACCUCAGCAAGAUUGCCAACAUCUUGCUAGGUGCCGGUGCCAAUAUCGACGCUAAGGAUACCCUUGGCCACACUGCUCUGGUGACAGUUUGCGCUCGGGAAGCCCAGCAUGAUCCAAACCUUGCCAGGGAGAAAUUACGCAUCGUAAAGGCACUGCUCUCCCACACCCCGCGACGUUACGAUGAUAUCUACCAGGCUCUGCUACAUGCCUUAAUUUUUCAUUCGGAAGCAGAGAUAGCCGAGCUGCUCAUCGACCACGCGGAACCCGGCAUACUCGAUAACAAGGAUAGCUUCAAACUUAUCGAGCACGCAUUGCGCAAGAACUCCUCCGAGAUGUUCGAUCUUCUCGUGCGAAAAGGCAUCAGAGAGCUCACUUCGGAAGAGCUCGACUCGAUAAUCGACAAAGUAAUGCCCUUCAAUGCCGAGAUCACUUUCCAAUGCCUCUCCAAGCUUCAGCAGGCACACGGCCCCUUAAGGAAUCCACAACGCCUCUCGCAUUGCAUCCGAAAGGGAUAUUCCGUAUGGGCCAAACUUAUGAUCGAAGCUCAGAUGCCUCUUAACACCGAGUCAAUCAUGGUAGAGGCUUGCGCAGCCGGAAAUUUCGAUAUCGUCGAGCUGCUCUUACGAAAAGGAGCCGAUCCCAACAAACCUUCAGGCCCCGACUUUCCUCUUCACAAGGCUAUCGUGGAAGACAAACUCUCCGUGAUUGACCUGCUAUUAGAGUACGGCGUCAAUGUCCAUAGCUACCCCGGAGGCCAGGAGCCCGGUGCCUUGAACUUUGCCAUUACCAGAGGCCUCGACCGCGUCGUCGAAAGGAUUUGCACCCACGUCAAAUACCAAGCCACCCAAGAGCAACGUACGGCCUAUCUAGAAACGGCUAUAGGCACGAACACAGCCCAUGCUCAGUACGGCAGGAUCUUGUGCUCGGUACUGCGAGACACAAAUCCCAACGUGGUAUUGCCCAUCGCAGAAGUGACACCUUUGCACCUAGCCGUAGCGCGAACCCGCCGCCUCGCCAUCGUUCUUCUAAUCAAAAAUGGAGCCAAUAUACACCUGUGCCUUGGCCCGGACAACUGCUCGUCUCAAUCUCCUAAAAACUCCGCUUUCUGGGGGAAAACGCCGCUAGAAUGGGCCAUCGAUAAUUCGCCCGUCGCCUGCCUUCGAGCCUUGAUUGUAGAUCCGUUUGAGGCUGCUCCGUACACACGCAGCUUUUGGCCCAGAACUUCGGACGUGCCGCGGAUCCGUUACAUCCGAGCUGCUUGCCGCAGAAACGAACCGGAGGCGAUGGCGCUAUUACUCCGCGAGAUUCACCCCAUCACCUGCGACGAGGAGGGAAAUUCUUUCUUGAGCAUAUUCUGCCAAACUAUCGACGAGUUCGGCCCGCUCAUAAAUCCGCACUGCCCGGUAAAGGUAACUGCUGACAACGCAGUCAGAUGCGUCGUCCUCAUACUCUAUACCGGUGCCGAUCCGCAUAAGAAGAACAACCAAGGCGUCUCCGCUAUGGACCAUCUACGUCGCAUGAUGAGUUACGACGGACCUAGCACGUUCCACCAGGAGAUUUGCAAGGAGUGGAAUGACAAGCUGUUCUCAAAUGACGAAGGCGUCCACGAAAAGGAUUAGCCAUCUCGGCACAUCUAUUUCGAUGACCGGAUUCCAUCCUCCCCAGGAGAAUAUGUAAAGACCAAUGGCGCUCGACCUAUGCAUACGAACGACGAAAGUCUCGACGUACAAUCCUGAUACGGAGCCGAUACGGAGCUGACACGGAGCCGACCUUCCUAAUCCUCCGCAUGUAUGGAUAGUUUCCCGUACCCUAGGUACCAACUAGUUAACUGGCCCUAUUCAUGUGGCUUUUAAGUCGGACGUUCGACCGACAAAUUUCGAAUCGACUCUUCCGAACUUAGGUAGAUAAAUUCCACGAGCGAUCUUACUCACAUACGAGUUUGGAAUCUCGCUAAGUUUUGCCCCAACUCCCUCCAAAACGUGUCCAAUGCUGUAGUCACCUAAGCUGAUGACUUGAAAGUCGAUUCGUUCGUAGAUGACGGUAAUAGUCCUAAUAGUCAACGCAACCGUACCCAGAAAUGGCUUCUAGGCUGGCCGCAGUAAGCUAUAAACCAAACGUCCACAAGUGCUAAAUAUACAUACGUCUAGAUGAAGAUAGAGCUUCCGAUGCGUACAACGUAGUUU